AUGGGCAGUGACGUCCCGGGCAUUCAGGGGGCCCCCAUAAAUACUUACCGCCAGACUUGUCCUCCAGCGCGAGCUGCGGCGGGAGCGCGGCUCUCCCGGGGCACCGCGGGCACCGCACCGCCGCGACGGGGCGGCCGCCCGCCCGCCCGCACAUGCCUCCCCGCGCCCCGCGCCGGCUCCCCGCGGUCCCCCCGCGCCGGUAGUGGGAGGCAGGGGGAAGCGCCCCCUCCUCUCGCUCCCCUCCCCGCCCCGAGCGCGCACCGCCGGCCGGGAGCGCCGCUCCCCCGGCCGCCCCGCUGCCCCCAUGAUGACCGCCAAGGCGGUGGACAAGAUCCCGGUGACCCUCGGCGGGUUUGUGCACCAGCUCCCCGAGGGCAUUUACCCGGCGGAUGACAUCUCCGCCGCGCUGCCAACUUCGGUCGCGAUCUUCCCCAAUGCCGACCUGGCAGGGCCGUUUGACCAGAUGAGCGGUGUGGCAGGAGACGGCAUGAUCAACGUGGACAUGGGCGACAAGCGGGCCCUGGACCUGCCCUACGGCGGCGGCGGCUUCGCGCCCAACGCCCCGGCCUCCCGCAACCAGACCUUCACCUACAUGGGCAAAUUCUCCAUCGACCCGCAGUACCCCGGCGCCGGCUGCUACCCCGAGGGCAUCAUCAACAUCGUGAGCGCGGGGAUCCUGCAGGGGGUCAGCACGCCCUCCUCCGCCGCCUCCGCCGCCUCCUCCGCCGCCUCCUCCGCCUCCUCCUCGGCCACCGCCGCCUCCGCCGCCUCCGCCGCCUCCCCCAACCCGCUGGCCGGGGCCCUCGGCUGCACCAUGGCGCAGGGCCAGCCGGCCGACCUGGAGCACCUCUACUCGCCGCCGCCGCCGCCCUACUCGGGCUGCGGCGACCUGUACCCGCAGGACCCCUCCUCGGCCUUCCUGCCCGCCGCCGGCGGCGGGGCGCUGCCUUUCCCCCCGCCGCCCUCCUACCCCUCCCCGAAGGCGGCGGCGGCCGACGGCGGGCUCUUCACCAUGAUCCCCGAGUACGGCGGCUUCUUCCCGCCGCCCCAGUGCCAGCGGGAGCUGCACGCCGGCCCCGACCGCAAGCCCUUCCCCUGCCCCCUCGACUCGCUCCGCGUCCCGCCGCCCCUCACGCCGCUCUCCACCAUCCGCAACUUCACCAUGGGAGCGCCCCCGGCGGGCGCCGCCCCCGGCAGUGCUCCCGGCGGCGGCGGCGGGGGCGAGGGCGCGGGCGCCCGGCUGCCCGCCGGCGCCUACAGCCCGCACCACCUGCCGCUGCGGCCCAUCCUGCGGCCCCGCAAGUACCCCAACCGGCCCAGCAAGACGCCGGUGCACGAGCGGCCCUACCCCUGCCCCGCCGAGGGCUGCGACCGCCGCUUCUCCCGCUCCGACGAGCUCACCCGGCACAUCCGCAUCCACACGGGCCACAAGCCCUUCCAGUGCCGCAUCUGCAUGCGGAACUUCAGCCGCAGCGACCACCUCACCACCCACAUCCGCACGCACACCGGCGAGAAGCCCUUCGCCUGCGACUUCUGCGGCAGGAAGUUCGCCCGCUCCGACGAGAGGAAGCGGCACACCAAGAUCCACCUGCGCCAGAAGGAGCGGAAAGGAGCCGCCGCGGCCGCCGGCGGGUGCCCGCAGCCCGGCGGCGGGAGCGGCGCCGCCGCCCUGGCCCCCUGCGCGGCGCGGACGCGGACGCCCUGA